AUGGCCGCACCGAGCCCGGGGCCCCACGAGGUCCUGGCCCCCUCCCCAGAGGCUGGAUGCAGAGCAGCCACCUCGACGUCUGGCCGCCGUGGCCUCCUCUGGCGCCUCCGAGACAAGCAGGCUCGCCGAGGCCUGUUUGAGAUCGGCCCGGGGCAUGAGCUGCACCAGCUGACGCGCAUGAUACAAGCAGGGCUGUGGGCUGCCACCCAGGUCUCCAUGGGCCACCCGCCCACCGGACCGCCUACUGAGGAGGAUUUCUCCGAGGUCCUGACCCAGGUCCACGAGGGCUUCGAGAUGGGAACCCUGGCUGGCCCCGCCUUCGCCUGGCUGCGCCAAUCCCUAGGCCUGGCUGAGGAGGACUAUCAGGCAGCCCUAGGCCCCGGAUGCCCCUACCUGCAGUUCCUCAGCACCUCCAAGAGCAAGGCCAGCUUCUUCCUGUCCCACGACCAGCGCUUCUUCUUGAAGACCCAGCGGCGUCGGGAGGUGCGGGCGCUGCUCGCCCACCUGCCCCGCUACGUGCAGCAUCUGCAGAGGCACCCACACUCGCUCCUUGCCCGGUUGCUGGGAGUGCACAGUCUGCGGGUGGCUCGGGGAAAGAAGGAAUUCUUCAUCAUCAUGCUGAGUGUCUUCUACCCCGCCGGCCGCAUCUCCGAGAGGUAUGACAUAAAGGGCUGUGAAGUGAGCCGAUGGGUGGAGCCAGCCCCCGAGGGUAGCCCCCUUGUCCUGGUGCUGAAGGACCUCAACUUUCAAGGCAAGACCAUCGACCUGGGGCCCCAGCGGAGCUGGCUCCUCCACCAGAUGGAACUGGACACUGCCUUCCUCCGGGAGCUCAACGUGCUCGAUUACAGCCUCCUGAUGGCCUUCCAGCGUCUCCACGAGGAUGAGAGGGGCCCUGGCAGCAGCCUCCUCUUCCGCACGGUCAGGUCUGUGCGAGGGGUACAGAGCCCGGAGGAGCCGGGAUCCCAGAACCGCCGGCUGCUGCCUGACUCCCCCAACGCCUUGCACAUCCUGGAUGGGCCGGAGCAACGCUAUUUCCUGGGCCUCGUGGAUCUCGCCACGGUCUAUGGGCUCCGCAAGAGGCUGGAGCACCUAUGGAAGACGCUGCGCUACCCGGGCCGGACCUUCUCUACCGUCAGCCCCGCUCGCUACGCCCGUCGCCUCUGCCAGUGGGUGGAGGCACAUACCGAGUGA